AUGUCGACGACGAUGCUGUUCCGGGUCUUCUUGCGGCGCCAAGCGCCCCGUCUGCGCACUCAUGUCUCCCAGAACCACCAACGCCGUGCCAACUCCAACGCACCCAAGCUGAAGCGAGCAGAGGACUCCAUCCCCGUGCCCAACACCGUCUCGACCAUCCCCUUAUGGCAGCGCCUCGGGCCCCUAACCCGUGCCAUCGAGGGGUAUGCCCGCAGCCAGCGGAAACGACCCUUGACCACUCAGGUCAUCAGCUCCCUCGCCAUCUACUUCUGCGCCGACCUUUCGGCUCAGCACAUGAGCGGCAAGGACUACAAGCCCGAGCGGACGAUGCGCUCGCUCAUCAUCGGUGCCAUCGCGUCCAUUCCCAGUUAUAAGUGGUUCAUCUUCCUCUCGAGAAACUUCAACUACGCCUCGCGCCUCCUCACGAUCGGCACAAAGGUUGUCGUGAACCAGUUGGUUUUCACCCCCAUCUUCAACUCGUACUUCUUCGGCAUGCAGGCAUUCCUGGCUGGCGACAACCUCGAUCAGAUCAUUGAGCGCAUCCGCCAGACCGUUCCUGUGAGCUUCGUCAAUUCGUGGAAGCUGUGGCCCGCCGUGAUGGCCUUCAACUUCUCCUUCGUUCCCAUGGAGUACCGCAGCGUGUUUUCGGGCGUCGUCGCCGUGGGUUGGCAGACGUAUCUGAGUUUCUUGAACAGACGAGCCGAGGCCGUUGAGGAGGCUAAACAAGUAGACGAGAGAACUCAUGCUGUUGUGCAGCCCAUCGCUACACAUGUGAGGUCGGCCAAGAUGGAGGCGUAG